AUGGGAACCCAAACAGACAAGGUGAGAUUCAAUGUCAGAGGUAAAAUCUUUGAAACAACUGUAACAACUCUUGCAAGUGUGAGCCGGAAUUCAAUGUUUGGAGCUAUGCUUGAUGAUGAAUGGAACCUUCAGCCAACAGAAGUUAACAAAGAAUACUUCAUCGAUCGCAACCCGGAUUGCUUUUCUGUUUUACUUGAUCUUUUGGGAACAGGUGAGCUUUAUGUUCCUCCUCACAUACCUGACAAAUUACUUUAUAGGGGAGGUCACUAUUAUGGUAUUCUCGAUCAUGUAAGAAGAGCAAAGUGGGGUAGUUUUGAUGGUAACCGAUUAAGUUUAGCGUGUAGGGUUUGUGGUCAGCCUCCUGGGAAUUGUAGUGCAAUCAGAGCAAGUCCUGAUGGAGGCUGUGCUAUUGCUCACGGAAGCAUUGUUCGUGUAUACGACUGGAUGCUUGAAGAGCAUCCACCAUUAAAUCUUGAUUACCAAGUAGUUAAUGAUAUUGGGUGGAUUGAUUCAGAUAAUAUAGUGAUGAGUGUUUGCCAAAACUUAAGUAAAGGAGUUGGAGGAAUGGGUCUUUUUAGUUCAUCAACAGGAAAGUUGAGGCAACGAUUUCAGUUAAACGAUGAAAAAGAUGAGGUCCAGGGAUUUACUGCUGGAGCUUUAUGUUUUAACUCUGAUAGUAAGAUAUUUGCUAGUUGCAUAAAAACAAGUAAUGACGGAAUCGGGUUGUGGGAUCAAGUUACCGGAAAAACAAUUGAUUUUUUUGAUUCGUCGAAUGGUUUGGGUCUCGGUAAUGCUGCUAAGAUUAAAUGGUUGAAGGAAAGUAACUGUUUAUUUGUUUGUACUUCUGACCAAAUUAAUAGUUGCAUAUAUCUUUUGGAUUUCAGAGACAAAAGUAUAGUUUUGUCUAGGAGCAUGGGUGAGAAAACUUCCGGUAGCUAUUUUUAUGUUGUUGAUGCAGUUCCAGUGGAAGAACAGAAUUGUUUUUGUGUGGUUCUUAACAAUGAAGAUUUGGGAUUUGUAGAUAUGAGAAGUGUUGGAUUAACUUCAACAUAG